GAUAGUACCUACCUACCGGUACCAGAUCACACCAAAACUAUGGAGUCGAAUAUAGAUCAGAAGUCGGGAGCCUUUUCGCCUAAUUCAGAAGGAACAUCCACAAACGGAGUUUCAAAUCUUCAGAAUUCAAAUUUUGUCAACUGUGAACAUGAAUUGAAUGCCAAAGCUUUAAGAGAUGACGAAACGAUAUCAUAUAAAUAUCAGCGGCCCCUUUCUCCCUCGCCAAACCCAGACAAAAGUUCCCCAAAAGAAGAUUUAGGUCGACAACAUCAUUCAAAUUUGGUCAAUUAUGAUGAAUUCAAGUUGGACUUGGAAAGAAGCCAUCGUGAUUUUGGAACAAGACCAAGCUCCAGGAAAACCAAAAACUAUGAUAGGAAUAUGUUAGCGGGAAGACCUAAAUUGGAUAAUAAUCCGAAACAGGAAUCGCAAUUUAUUGAAAAUAAGACCAAAAAACUUUUUGAAGGUCAUUCAACUGGACUAAACUCUUAUGAGGAUAUGUUAAACCUUGGACCAGUUGGUAUAAAUGAUUCGAUAUCUAAUCGUUACCUAAGUAAAUUGCAUGAUCAAUUUUCAAGAGCUAUUUGCAAAGAGUUAAAGCAAAAUCCAAAGUUUAAGAAUGUAUUUUCCUCUAAAGAACUAAGAAAAGCGGAAAACUUUAAUAAGCAACCAGUACCAGAAGAAUUGGAGUUACAAUCCCAAAAUAUGAAAGACACAAUGAAUUCAAGUGGCUUUAAGGAAGAAAUGGUCCCUAGCCCAUCAGCUUUAAAGACAAGAAGCUCACAAAAACCAAUGAACAGUAGGGAAGGUUUAAUAUCAGCAAAUUUGAGUUUGACUACUCUGAAAAAUCCCCAAUAUUUACCUUUGGCUAUGAACCCCAAAUCGAAUGUCGAUUUGCGAAAAACUCAGUCGUUAACGUAUGAAAAAUUCCAUCUUACCACAGAUAAGAACUUCAAAAAACCCAAGGAUUAUGGGACAUCGAAAAAUGCCCCACAAAGCCUGGAACAAUUAGAGCAGAACAUUUGCAAAUCGAAAAAUAUCAACAAAGCGGAAAUUAUGGAAAAAUUUAAAUCCCUUACCAGUUCAAUACUUCAGGAAAAAGAUGUGGAUACAUCACAAUAUUCGGAAAAUGAAGUUCAAAAGGACGAACAAAAUGGCACCAAUUACACAGAAUCUUCUGUAACAAGGCAAGCCACACCAGCUGGGACAUUCGAAAACCCAACUAGCCGACAAUCAACGACAAACGCCUACAAUGAUGACUGCACUAAGAAUAAUAAAGAAUUAUUGCAAAUGACAGAAGCUCAGAUAGAAUCUUCCAGAUAUCUUUUAGCAGCCUCUGAAAAUUUUCAAACACUUUCUGAUAGAAGAAUAGAUUAUAACACUCUCCAUCUUGAGAAGCGGCUACAAACCUUUUCUACAUAUCCAAACCGUAUCCAUGAAGCCCUACAAAGUUUGAGAGAUCUGUCUCUUAAUUUGUAUAACAUUGAACCCUUGGAAAGACAUGAACUGGAAGAAUUCGCCUGCGAAAUAGUGAAAAAAUUCAGCACAGAUAGGUGUGUGGAAAGGAAGCCCUCUGAGAAUAAUCCAAGGCAUACCACGAUUGAAAUGCCUACAACCAUGACUCCUUAUAAACAGGAAAAGGAGGAAGUAAUUUCUCAAAAUCAACCAAAUUCGUUUGGAGAGGAUCAUCAUCUGGAAACCAAGCAAAUAGAACAUGCUGAAAGGUUGCAGGAGAACAUUCAAUUUAUUCCUAACGAAAGCUCAAUCAAGGAAAGUUUAUCAAACUCCGAAUUCGAAAAAAACGCUUACUUGGAACCCUCUUUGACCAAUUUGGAGGGUUGUUUGUACUUCUCUCCCAUAUCAACUACUGAAGAAAACAAUGAGAAAACACAGAAUUUAUAUGCAAAUGGGGAAGAUAAUAGAUCCAAUACAAAUAUCAACACUGAACAAUCUCUGAGACGUUUAGAAUCCUUAACAGGAAGUUGCCCCAAUAUUCCAUUAAAAGGAAUGUUGAACCCAGUGAAAAAUAUACGAAGCUGCGCGAACUUUGGUAUCAGAAAUAUGCCAACUUCAGAGCUAGUUUGCUGCUCCGAAACAAAUUUGAGUCCAGUAAAGGACCAGGAACUAAAAGAAGAGCAUAUAGCGAAUGAGGAUUGUGUUAACAUUUAUGAAACUCACACUGAGGCCUAUCAUACAGAGAAUGAUUGCAUUGGGAGAGGACCUAAUAAUCGUUACUUUUUCAUACCACGACCUGGCAGCAUGUCCAAUCCUCCGGCAUUCUCUCAUUGUCCCUGUAUGUUCAAAACAUAUCUAAAUAUUUUGGAAACCUUUUAAGCAAGUUAAAGGCUGAAAAUCAUUUAAUUGUUGUUCUUCUUUAUGAAUAUACGAUUUUUUUUUAUUUUGUUAUGCUUCUAUAUAUAUUUUUUUCAAAUGUUGUAUUUUAUAAUUCCUUAAUGUAUUUUGUAAACUUGGAAAAUUAA